CCCUCAUCUCCCACAGGCUUGGCCAGCUGACCGACUCAACUCACACUCCUUUCUCACCCCGGAUCGAACAACACUCGUUUUCUUCUACGGUUUUCUCGUUUCUCACCCCUCUCUCGCGAUGGUCGGCCUUCGUCGGAGGCUCGCGCAGGCCGGUGCAGCCACCCUCUGCGUCCUCGUUGGCUCCUCGCUGGCCACCGUGUCCAAGGGACUCUCGCUGCGGUCCCAGCUGCCCGACAUCGCGCAUGUAGGUGUUCCAUACACCUGGACUUUUUCGCCCGACACGUUUCACUCCACGGGCCAGGCCGUCGUCAACCUGUCGGCAGACGGCCUGCCGGACUGGGCCACGUUUGACGCGAGCCAGCGCACCUUCUCGGGCAACCCCACGGCCGACAAUGACGGUGGAGACAGGAUCACCGUGAGGGCGACGCAGGACGGGCAGCGGGGCGCAUCGGACGCAUUCACCCUUCUUGUCAUCGAUGCGCCCGUGCCCACGGUCAACAAGCCGCUCACAUCACAGCUGCCCCAGGCCAGCUCGCUGGGCGGCAGCCACAUGCUGCCCGGCGACAAGCUCUUCAUCCCCCUCGGCUGGUCCUUUAGCGUCGGCUUCCAGGGCGACACCUUCACCCUGCCCGACGGCAGCAACGUCUACCUGUCUGCCUCGCUCGCCGGCGGGCAGCCGCUGCCGGACUGGCUCAUCUGGAGCAGCGACUCGUACACGAUGUAUGGCGUCGCACCCGACCAGGUCGGCCCCGAGGGCUCCGAGUUUGACUUUGUCCUCACUGGCUCCAACCGCGCUGGCUUUGGCGGCCCCACGACGGCGCUCACCAUCGUCGUCGCCACCAACCAAACGCAGGCGCAAUCGCAGACGCUGACGCUGGCUCAGCCGCUGCAGAGCGUGAAUGCCUCGGUGGGCGAGCCCGUCAGCUACACGAUCCCCACGACGGGCCUCAACGUCAGCGGCCAGCAGGCACCCCAGGACGGCAGCGAUGCCAUCACCGUGUCGGCCAACGUCAGCGACGUCGCCUGGCUGCGCUUCGACGGUAACUCGCACACCCUCGAGGGCACGCCGCCGUACGACCAGUACAAGGAUGCCAACUCGACGCAGGCCAUCGUCGUGCCCCUCGUCUUUUCGGGCCAGAACGGCAGCCAGUCGCUCCCGGCCAACAUCACCGUCAAUGUGGCGCCGUUUCCCUUUGUGGCCCAGCAGCUGCCCAACAUCUUUGUCGACCCGGGCAAGGCCAUCAACCAGUCGCUGGCUGCCUAUGUCCGUCCUGACAUCCAGCAGUCGUCGUCGUCCCUCAGGAUCCUCGCCGUGGCUGGUGGGGCAGCACCAGCGCUGAGCGUGAGCUUCGAUCCAGCGAGCGCCUCGUCGUCGCUCCAGUUCGACCCCAAGACGCUGCUGCUCACGGGCUCGCUGCCCAAGGACGUCGAGCGCGUCAAGGUCAACCUCCAGUCGACAUCGUCGCAGGGCCAGUCCUCGGCCGCGUCCUUCUACCUCGCCCAGAAGGGCGACAACCCACCCACGACCAAGUCCUCCAACGCGUCUGAUGCUGGUGACGGCAAUGGUGGUAUGAGCCCGCGCGCUCGCAUCGCCCUCACGGCGAGCCUGAGUGCCUUUGGCGGCCUCUGCGCGCUCGUUCUUCUCCUCAUGUGCUGCCGCAGACACGUGGCCAAGGAGGACCACGACACCCAGGGCAACAUCCUCCCCUAUGCGGGCGAGCGGACCGUGGGCGGGCGGCGCAGCGGCGGCGGCGGCGAUGACGACGACGAGCGCACGCUCACCGACCGCGGGUCGGCCAGGUGGAAGCGCGCGAUUGUCGUCUCGGCCAAGAAGAAGGACGUCGAGGCGACGCCGACGACGCUUGCCGACGCGAGCCCGUACAUGAUGCACGACGAGAAGCUCAGCGAGGGCCAUCAGCCGGCGGCGCAGGAGGUGGCGGACCAGCCGACGCAGAACAGGCUCGUGGCCGGCCUCUUUGGCGGUGGCAACAAGAAGCAAGGCGCAGCAGCAGCACGAGCUGCAGGAGCCGCAGGAGCAGGAGCAGCAGUAGGAGCAGCAGCGACCGCAGGCCUGGGCUUGGGCCUCGACCCCAGCGACGACCCCUACGCCCAGUCGGCCGGCCGCGUGCGGCACUCGCGCAGCCGCCAGUCGGUGCGGAGCAGCUGGGAGCAGAGCCUCUUCUACGAUGACGCAGAGGACGAGCAGCAGCAGCAGCAGCAGCAGCGCGACGAGCGCAACAGCGUGGCCAGCUCCCAGAGCUUCAAGAGCACUCGCAACGGCACCGGCGCUGGCGGCGGCGGCGGCGGCGGCUUUCUCACGGUGACGGGCCAUGACCAGGGGCAGGCAGAGGUGGAGGAGGUGCCACGGAGACGGCCACGGGGUGGCCAGCCGUCGAUUCUCCAGUUCCGCCACCGCAACACGCAUAUCAACGAGAGCCCUGCCUUCCAUGCGCCGGGCGUCUUUACGCCUGCGACGGACACCAAUGGCAGCCAUGCCGGCCACGGAGCCGAGGACGACGCCGAUGCCAGCGAGGACUUCCACGACAGCCGGACGGGCCUCAGCAAUGCCGGCCACGAGGACGCCCAGAUCCUCGAGGCGCGCGUCAUGCAGGUCCGCCGCCACUCGCCGAUGCAGAUGCACGCCAACGACGCAAGCAACCUCACGCGCACCACCAGCCGGACAGCGGACCCGAUGAAUGUCAAUGGCGCAUUCGACGACGCCGACGACGAGAUCGUUGGCACGUCGGCUCAGCAGGCAAACAACAACCGGAGCAGCACCAUGAGCAACCAGUCGCAGCUUCGCGCCAUGCAGCCCCACGUCAUCUACCCGCAAGAGAGCCCCAACCCGUCCUUUAUGGACGGCGCCUCUGUCUCUGGCUUUGAUCCACGCGACUCGAUGAAGCCCGUCGGCAGGCCAAAGACGCCGCCCGCGCCUGCCGCUGCUGCUGCUGGUGCCUCUUCUUCAUCGGGGAGAAGGCAGCAGCAGCACCAGCGCGGCAAGCCCUCGGCCGGUGGCUCGUCGUCGUCGAGCGCUUCUUCAAGACACCUUCCGUGCCCCGACCACGAGGCCGUGCCGGGCCAGCACCUCCGAUUCCACAUCUACCCUGCGCAGCCUCCACCCAUGGCAGGCCCACCUGGCUCGCCGGGCAAGCGAUCAGGCGAGGUCGUCCGGUACGGCCUCGUGGUCGACGACCCCCAGCUGCCCCACCUCUCGCUCCAGUGGCCCGACAUGAUGGCCGACUGGCUCACAUUUGACCCGUCUACAUUCGAAGCAAGCGGCUGGGUGCCCCACGACUUUGCAAACAUGGGCCACAUUGUCAUUGCCUUGGUCUCGAGCCGCGCCAGACGGACAAGCACCACCGCCGCUGGUGGUAGCAGCAGCCAGGCGGGCCACGCGAGACGGACGAGCACGGACAGCAACGCGACUGUCGUCAACGAGGACGAGGUCAGCGUGUGCGCCAAGGCCAGGCUCGUCUUUGCGGGGCCCAACCAGGCUGCACCUCCGCACGCCUUCUAAAAGACAACACUCGCUCUCUCUCUUUUCUGAAGAACACACACUCUCUUUCUUCUGUUGAGAUAAGACUCCGGACACUAUAGCCUCACAACAGUACUACUACCACGUUCUCUUUGUCUCUCUCUCCUGCUGUAUCUCUAGUCUUUUCUCUCGCUGUUUUCCUUUCCCGCGUAAUCGCAGCAUCUCAAAUCCCGUCUUCCCGCCCACCGGUGUCUUGAACGGUCUUGGGAAUUCCAAGCGAAUCUCACGGGGCCCCUUCUCUUCUGCUCGACUGGAUGGUGCGAUCCAACGGUGGAGAAUUUUAAGCCUUCUUUUGGCUACAACACACGUAC